GUCAGCUCUCUGUUCUGAACUCUGAAACCACCCCCUUUGAAACUUUGGGAGUCCUACUUCAUUUUGGCCUCUUCCUCACACAAACACAGAGAAAAUUCAGAACCCUUUUUCCUUUUCUUUUGAUUGUGGGUUAGUGAUAGUGUCACAGUGUGUGUGUGCGUGAGAGAUAAAAAGUAAAGAUAGAAAUGAGUUUCUUGUCUUCUUCUUCUUCUUCUUCAGUUGAAGACAAAUGUUCUUGAUUAAAGAAAGAGUUGGAGAAAAAACCCAUCCAUUUAUUUUCUUGUCUUUGUUUCAACAACUUUUUUGUAUUGGCUCUAUUUCCGCGAAAGCCAUACUCAUUUUAAGGCAUAAAAACCAAAUCAAUAAGCAGGCUUAUUUAUAAAGGAAAUAAUUGAGUGGCAUCAUCAAUGGCUUCUGAUCUCUUUGUGUUUGAUAAUACUUUCUUCUCUGAUCCAUUUUCAUCUUUUUCUGACUCGCCCGUUGAUCCUCAUCAUCACCAUGAUUUCUUCCAAACCUUCGAUGACAACAACCUUAAUGAUCACAGCAGCAGCAGCAACAACAUUAACAAUACUAGUAGCAGCAUCAUCAAUGAAGAGAAUUCAGUUGAUGAAACGACCAUAACUCUAGACCAGAUUGCUUCUGCUCUUCUUUCUUCUUCCCCACCGAGUGAUCAGCUGGAAAAUCUGUCAAUUUGUCAAACAGCCCACCAUUUCCAGAAUGCGAAUCAUUCAGAUUACUCUGCUCUUGAAGUGAAAACAGAGGAUUACCAGUCCUCUUUUGACGCCAUUAUUACUGGUGGUUUUAGCAGUUCUUCUUUAUUGAAUACGCCUGAAAAUGAAGUGAGGAUGAUGCAGAGAAGUUACAGCAGUAAUUCUUUUGAUGGGAAGCCCACUGGAUAUAUUUACCACCCAAGAUUUGAUAGUCUCAUGGAAUCUCCCAAUUUGCAGACUAAUCCGGUCUUUACUCCUUCUGAAACCAACUUUUCUUCUUCUUCUUCUGGUCAAAUGAGAAGGGUAUGCAGCACUGGAGAUUUACAAAUGAAAACAACUCAAGCAAGAACUAUUCUGUCUUCAAGCCCACUUUCUACAGAAGGGUCAUUCAUGGAGGAGCCAAACUUCAAAGUUGGACGGUAUAGUGCUGAAGAAAGGAAAGAAAGAAUCCAUAGGUACAGAGCAAAAAGAACCCAGAGGAAUUUCAACAAGACAAUUAAGUAUGCAUGCCGGAAAACACUAGCCGACAAUCGCCCAAGGAUACGUGGCAGGUUUGCCCGCAAUGAUGAAGCUAUUGAGAUUCCCAAAGCAUCAUCAAUUUUAAAUAGAUAUGAAGAUGAAGAUGAUCUUUGGGUUGAUGGAUAUCAUGAAGAAGAUGAUGAAGGGUCCUCAGUUUUGGGAAGAUCACUUGGAACAGCAAUUUACAAUAACUAUGGAUCAGCGCCGUACCAGUACCACCACUAUAGCAGCUAUUGAUUAAUUUGACAGUGAUGGUUUUUUUUGACCAUUUUUACUGCCAAAAAUGCCUUUGUGUUUAACUGGGCUACUUCGUUUCAAUGCACAAGAUGACCAUAUCAUGAACUUUUCCGCAGCAAAUGGAAAAGUGAGAAGGGCUCUUUGUUUAUUAUGUUCCAUCGCUUUUAUAAAAACAGUAGUAAAAAAAAAAAGUGCAGGCUUUAUUGUCAGUAGAUGUAGUGGUGUAGUAGUAGUAAUCAAGAAGGUUGUAGCAUUUUGUAAUUUUCCAUUUGCAGGGAUUUGAAUAUUUAGUUAAUGGUGCCAUGUGCAUCUCGUUUCUUCGGACUUUCUUGCUCUGUUUUUUCUUUUAGAUUUUAUUUUUGUUGUUUUGUAAGUUCAGCUAUAUCUCAAUCUGUAAAUAGUGUUAAUGAAUUGAAUGACAUGAGCCUCUUCAUCCUCGUGCCACUAAUUUAUUAUGCUACUUGUAUUCCCACAGAGAAUGUAAC